AUCGCUCUAGACCCCCUCGACCCACAACCACACAGUCUAGCUAUACUUCGCAAUCAAGAUGAUCGCAGCGGCAGUUUUCGUCCUUUUCUGCGCCUUUUCCCAGAUGUCUCUCACCACUUCGAUGCCCACACGAAGGCAGGCGACAUUCAGUUACAUAUUUUCCAGGCAAACGUUAAAAUUCGUGCGCUUUCUGGAAGACGGAACAUUACUCGCAAAUGGACAACCCGGUCACCCUGAGACCCAGAUCAAAGUCCAAUACCUUGCCAAUGGCCAAGUGAGAAUCCAGUACAUGAUGAACACUAAAGAUUGCUACCUUGUGUUUGAGAACGGACAGUUUCGCGGUUCAACCCCAGUAGCGGGAAAUGAAAUCUUCGAGUUGGUCCAACAUGACAGUUUCCAAAGUCUGCGACUUGUCAACUACAUGGUCGAAGAAGAAGCGAGUUCAGGUUCAGGUGCAGAGGAGACCGAGGAACCAGCAAGCGAAGAACCAACUGGCACCACUGAGGCAGUUGAAGAACCAACUAGUACCACUGAGGCAGUUGAAGAACCAACUGGUACCACUGAGGCAACCGAGGAGCUAACUGGUACAACAAAACCAAGCCAAACACCGACAGCUACAGUAUGUUACCUUGGAUUUCCAGAUGGG